AGUGCUGCCAAUCAGUGACACCUAUCAGUGCCAGUCAGUGCCGCCUAUCAGUGCCAUCAGUGCCACCUAUCAGUGCCAGUCAGUGCCGCCUAUUCCAGUGCCACCUAUCAGUGCUGCCUAUCAGUGCCAUAUAUGAGUGCUGCCUUUCAGUGCUCAUCAGUGCCACCUAUAAGUGUCUAUCCAUGCAGCCUAUCAGUGCCUAUCACUGCAGCCUCAUUAUCACACAUCAGUGAAGGAGAAAAAUCACUUAUUUACAAAAUGUUAUAACAAAAACUAAGAAAAAAUGUUUUUUUCAAAAUUUU